AUGAAGAAAUGGGACUUGAGCUACGGUCGCUUUCAAAAGGCACUAAAGAUGAGCAAAAUCGAUCUACAGAUGAAGAAACGGUAUUUCCCUAUGCUAGCGUGUAAGCCCAUAGCCAAAUCAACAUACUUUUGUUUUUUAGUUUUUUUGAUGAUCAGUCUCUACAUAGCCGUUCGGCCCCUUCUAUCGGUCGAUUUCACUGCAAUCUUCAAGAAUAUUUCCUUCACAUAUCGCUUCACUGAAACCGGUGGUUCGGUUUGCCAAGGAUCGGAUGUUGUCGUUCUCGUCCUUUCCAAGCCGGGAAAUUUUGGAAGAAGGCAGAUGAUUCGCGACAGCUGGCUGUAUGACGCUGUAGGUUUAAGAUCAAAAAAGUGGAGCUACAACAAAUUCCCGUAAGACCAAACUGGAUUAUCAGUGGAAAAUAAUUUGGUUUUUUUGCAAGCAUAAUGACUCGCAGGUCUGCUGAUAAACUGUGGUAGUUUUUUUAGAACAAUCCGCGCAACUUCUCCACUAAAUUUCUUCUCGGCCUUACGUCUUUGGAACUCGAGACGGACCGAAUCCAAGAGGAGGUUCGAAAGCACAAAGAUAUCGUCAUAUACAAUGCCGAGGAUAAGUGAGUUCUUUGACGCGGUUAUGUUCAAGUUUUAGGUACGAUCUGCUCCCUUUAAAAGUGCACGCGGCAUAUUCCUUUGCCAAUUACUUUUGUCCGAAAGCCAAGUACUUGGUGAAGACUGACGACGACACGGUUUUAGACCUCAAACGGCUCAACUAUUUCAUCGGAAAAUUUUACAAUUCGUAUCUUAAAGCCAAUAAUGAGUUUAUGUUCUGCUCUGUCUAUCGGAAGAGCCGGCCGAAACGGAGUAGGAUGCAGAAGUAGUAAGAUAACAUACCAAUGAUCUUUAUGGACUUAGCUACAUGCCAAAAACAACGUAUCCCCACAAAUUCUACCCUCGCUUUUGCCAAGGCUGCACUUACGUCGUGACGCAAGCAGCAAUUAAACGAUUAUUGGCUGCAACAGCAACGGUGGAGUUCAUCUCCUUGGAGGAUGUGUUAUACACAGGAUUGAUUCGGCAAAACACCGGCGUAGCUUUGCUUGACUCCCUUAAUUUGGGUUAUAAUGUAAGUGUUGUGAAGCCUGAAAGGUCUCCAUAAUUCCCAAGCAAAUUUGCAUAAACCACCUCAUAUAAAAGCAACGUCUCGUCACCAAUUAUAGAACAUAAUCUCAUUUUCUCUUACUCGGUGUGGUCUUCUCAAUAAAUCUUAUUCCAAAACCUGUGUGUGUCUAUUCUUAGAGCGGUGGUCCGAGCGCCCCUACUACCGAUCUACGUCUGCGUUCCACCACAGGGCUGAGCCGGGGUCUAACCCGUAUGGAGAGGAUUUAACCCAGAGAUGUGGGGAUUUAACCCUAAUGAACCCCCGUAGAAGGGACCCUAGGCACGUCAAACUGAGAUAAGCCAAAACCGAAGGGAGACUGAAUAUGAACUGACUGAAUAUGAACUGGGGUGCUGACUGAAUAUGAAGGACCGAAUAUGAACUGACUGAAAAUGAAAACCGGGUUUAUGUUACUGUUGCUACCUCGGUCCCGAUUAAGGACUCUUUUUGAAUUUUCGACUUAUAACACCUUUACACGUUAAUGGUGUUGUUUUGGUGUCUAGUACUGCUUAAAAAAACAUUUUUAACACAUGUUGCUAAAUAGUACCUGGUACUAUUUAGUACGAGAUGAACAUUUGGCCGGUAAUGGUGCUGGUUUGGUGCUUAGUGCAGCCCAAAAACACAUUUAUAGCACUUGGUACUAUAUAGCCCUUGAAAUAGUCCAAAUUUGCCGAAUUUCAUAUUCAGUCAGCACCACAGUUCGUAUUCAGUCCUUUUCAUAUUCAGUCCUUCAUAUUUAGUCCUUCAUAUUCAGUCAGUUCAUAUUCAGCCAGGCACCCGCUAAAACUGUCAGGUGAAUGGAUUGGCAAUUCGCUAAAAAAAGACGCAAAAAAACUCUUUGUCUGCGAAGAAAUGAGGAAUUUUGGGGGCGAGAGAGUACAAGAUGAAAUGUAAAAAACCCUAUAGCGAAUAAUCUAUUACGGUCACUGGACUCUCAAUUUGACGUGCGACGUGUUUCCUGACUGCUUCUUUUUUGACGAUUCCCUUCUUUGUAUCGACUGAAAUCAAACAAAAUGUUAUAAAAACUUUUUCGGGGAUCUUUCGGUGGAAAAUUUUUUUGGGACUCAUUUUAUUUGCUUUGUUAAUGGCGACAUUUCGUCCAUUGGCGGGAGAAAUUUUUUUUUUAAUUCAUGAAAAAAUGACAUUUGGCACAACAGAACCCCUCUUCAAAGGAUUAAUUUUUUGGUCAUUUGCAAUUUGUUGUACAGAGGUUUUACAUACCACCGUCGCAGAAAAAUUCAUAAUUUCAGUCGCUGGCCAAAACCACUCCCUGCGAUUCAAAUGGCACGCCCUACCCCUGUGCCCAGUAUGGUAUUGAAGAGCAAAACAUUACAGCAUCUUACGAAGUGUUGAAGAGUCAACAAUGUUCCAGCCAAAACUUGAUACGAAACCGCGAAACGUUUCCUCCAUUUGUGGAGUUGUAG